UUCAUACCCACAUAGGCGUUUUUGAGCUGCAAAUGGCAUAGGCGUUUUUGAGCUGUAAAAAAAACGCGGGACCAGCGCGUUCUGUGGCUCCUAAAACAGAGCUGUAAAAACGUCCGACGUUUAAAAACGCGCGCAAACGCGCACAAACGCGCGCAAACGCGCACAAACGCGCGCAAACGCGCACAAACGCUACUGCGGCUUUUCUGAGCUCCAGACUUUUCCCAGCUAAAAUGUCAUUGGUCACUGCAGCAUCUGUAAACACAGGAAAUUCCUGUGUGGACACUUAAUUACCCAGGAGUGCUUUGCACAGCCGUGUGCUUUGUGGAGAGAGAAAGAGAGAACAGAGAAGAUGGCAAAUGCAGUGUCCCAGCUCUCCUUAAUCACUGCAGUCCAGGCACAUCCAGAAUUAUGGGAUGUUGCACAUCCCCUUCAUGGAGACCAUGUGAAGACAGUGUCUUUAUGGGAAGACAUCUGCGCAGCUCUCUGCCCUGGUUGGGAAGACAUUGAAGAUACCAGUGAGAGAAAAGAGAUAUUUAAAACAUUGCAUCGUAGGUGGAAGUCCCUACGAGAUCGAGUCCGUAGGGACAUCACCGAUGAGGACAGGGCAUCCAAAAGUGGAGCACCAGCCCCUGUGAAGAAACCUCACAUCUACCACAGAGAGCUCAUGUUUCUGCGGGAAAAUAUGAGAAAUAGCAGCAGACCGACAACCUCAAAUAUUGAAAGGGAGGUUGCAGGAGAUUCCCUCCAACAAUCAAACAGCCCCAUAGGAGGCGAAGUAAACGAGUCACCGAAUCUGGAUGCAAGUGAAUGCCCAGAUGAGGAUUCCAGGCCAAUGGAUGUGGUCACGACUGGUAGUCGGGAGGCUGCUGAACCGAGGGGUCGUGGUGGUGUCCGUGGUCGUGGUCGUGGCCGUGGGCGUGGACGUCAGCCGAGGGGAGCCUCUAAUACUGAGGGGGAUGAAGAUUUGGUAACACUGCUGAAGGAAGUGCGGCAGGAGAGGCGCAAUGUAGAUACGUUUUUGGACCCCAACAAUCCUCGCACCACCUUCUGCCGCAGCCUCUACCCCAUCCUGGAGGACAUUGGGGGAGAAGAAGAGAAGCUUUGCAUGGAUCGCAUAUAUGCAGUAACGCGAGAAUUUCGCUUUUGCAAACUAACUGGUAGGCCGCCACCUAUAGGCGAUCUAUGCAAUGCUUCUUUUCCUCCCCCAAUGGCCUCUGGCACCUCAGCAGUGCUACCAUCCCCCUCUCUAUAUCAUCCCACUCACCAGAGACAACAACAACCCACCCCAUCGCAGUCCCAAUCUGGUGAUUUCACACCUGCCACCUCCUCCCAUUUUCCAUCCCCGUAUCCUGCACCCCGCCACCAGCAGGAUUAUUGGAAUGAGCGCCAGACCCAAUUCCUACCCCGUCCUGAAUCCACACAUCCCCAUGGAGAUCAAGUCUCCACCGCCACCUAUCACCAUCUCUAAUUGAUUUUUUUUUUAUUUUUUCAAAUAAACAUAGUUUUUGACCUGUAAAUAAAAGUGUUCAAUUG